AUGAACACUGCAUUUAACGGCGCGCUCAAGCAGAGCACAGCCAUCCGGAAGGACCUGUCCUCGCUGUCAGCAGUGCUGUCCAACCCGUCCGCAGACGAUGGAGCUCUGGUCCGCAUGCCAGCAGCCUUCGGCCAGCUCUCUGCCAGCCUGACGACGUUCUCGCGAACCGUCGACGAAUACAACAGCCUAGCGAAGCAGGAGCUAAAUCCGGCAAAACAGGAAAAGGCCUUUGACCGCAUCCGGAACUUUCGCACCGAGCUGGGCGAGUACCGCACACAGCUGGAGAGCCUCAAAUCAUCACGAGACGAUGCCGUACAAGCACAGAGCCGCGCCGAGCUGCUAGGGCGCCGGCCGUACGUCACAGCAACGCCCGAGAAUCCAUACGCGUCCGCGGCAACAGCAGCAGCAGCAUCAGCAGGCGGGGGCGGGCCAGCGUCGUCGAGCAUAGCAGGGGCCGCGGGGCUCUUUGGACACGCGCGGACGAUGAGCGCGAGCGAGCGGGCAGAAAUCACGCGCGAAACACAUGCGCUGCGGGAGCAGAAUUUCUUUUCGAAUACCAACACGGCACUGGACGAAUACAUUGCCCGGGGACAGGCUGUGCUCGGAGACCUGGGCAGUCAGCGGGACAUGCUGAAGAACACGCAGAAGCGCAUGUACACAGUGGCGAACACGCUGGGCAUCAGCGGCGACACGAUCCGCAUGAUCGAGCGGCGGGCGCGGGAGGACAAAUGGAUUUUCUGGACCGGUGUCGUCAUCUUUGUGCUCUUCUGCUGGUUGUGCCUCCAUUAUUUGAGGUGA